AUGGGAAGAAAACCCUUGAAGAAACUCAACAUUGGAGGGGCUCUUAGUGACCAUGACGAACCACAUCUCCAGCAAACCGAUAAGAAAGAGAGAACAUCGGAUCUAGCAACAUCGCGAUUGAGUUUUAUCCUCAAGGAUCACAACAACGUACAACCAAGAUCUAGGAGAGCUCUCUCCACCACAGAAAACUCCACCAGUAGGUGUCAAGAAGAAUCGGGAGCCAUGUAUUAA